GACAUUCUUUAAAAUUUGUAACACCGCAUCGUGGCCUCUGGCCGGUGUUAUUUUAUUGAAAUUUAAUUUAUUUUUAAGUAAAUACUUGUGUUUUACCACUAUAUAUACUAAGAAUUUUAAAUAUAGCACUUGAAAGUAGUGCCGUGCUAUUGUGCCUAGUUCCAUAGAAUUCCAGAAUGCCUCCCAAAAAGGUAGAAGAACCAGAGAAGAAGCCUUUAAUUGGUAGAGUAGGAACAAAUCUAAAAGUCGGUAUUGUUGGAGUGCCUAAUGUGGGCAAAUCAACUUUCUUCAAUGUGCUCACAAAGAGCCAAGCUGCUGCAGAGAACUUUCCCUUCUGCACAAUAGAUCCCAAUGAAAGUAGGGUACCAGUGCCCGACGAAAGAUUUGACUACCUCUGCCAGUUCCAUAAGCCAGCUAGCAAGGUACCCGCGUUUCUGAACGUGGUGGACAUAGCGGGCCUGGUGCGAGGCGCGGCGGAGGGGCAGGGUCUGGGCAACGCCUUCUUGUCGCACAUCAAGGCCUGCGACGCCAUAUUCAAUUUGUGCCGCGCGUUCGACGACGAGGACGUAAUCCACGUGGACGGCGAAGUCAACCCCGUCAGGGACCUGGAGACGAUAGGCGAGGAGCUGCGGCUGAAGGAUGAGGAGGAACUGAUGAAGAACAUCGAGAAGUUAGACAGGGUCGUCAACAGGGGCAACGAUAAGAAACUCAAACCCGAAUACGAUGCAUUAAUGAAAAUCAAAAGCAUUUUGGUGGACGAAAAGAAACACAUUCGAUUCGGUGACUGGAGUGCAGCUGAGAUAGAAGUUCUAAACAAAUAUUUAUUCCUGACGUCAAAGCCCGCGUUGUAUCUCGUCAAUCUUUCGGAAAAAGAUUACAUUCGAAAAAAGAACAAAUGGUUACCUAAACUCAAAGAAUGGAUUGACAAGAAUGACCCUGGAGCGCCUCUCGUACCUUUCUCGGGAGUGCUCGAGUCCAAACUGUUUGAAAUGGAUCCCGAGGAAAAGAAAGCGUUCUUGAAAGAGCACAAUAUUACCAGUGCUCUAGACAAGAUCAUAGUGCAGGGUUACCGGGCGCUGCAGCUGGAGUACUUCUUCACCGCCGGACCUGAUGAGGUUAAGGCCUGGACGAUUCAGAAGGGAACGAAAGCCCCGCAGGCGGCGGGCAGGAUCCACACGGACUUUGAGAAGGGCUUCAUCAUGGCGGAGGUGAUGCACUUCAAGGACUUCAAAGAAGAGGGCACGGAAGCGGCUUGCAAGGCGGCCGGCAAAUACAGGCAACAGGGUCGCAACUACGUAGUGGAAGACGGCGACAUAAUAUUCUUCAAGUUCAACGCGGGCGCCGGUCUCAAGGACGCCAAGAAGAAAUGACGCGGCACCGUGCUGCUACUGUUAGUACACUUCCUGUACUUCAAUUUGGCCGUGUACUCGUUGUUACACGUCGAACGAACCGCACAGACUGAAGAAAUACGUACCAUCGAGGAAAUUGAUUCUUAGGCAGUUAACGGACCACAUCAUUUGGUCGGAUCAUGUCAAUUCAAUGUUAAUUGUGAUCUGUCGGCUGGGUUUAACAUAAUACGACCAAGCUACGUAGGUGCCCCAUCUGCCUAGGAAUCAACUUCUCUGAUAGCACCUAAGGUACUAUAACUUCCACGCAUUUAAAACUAUCGAUAUGCUGUGUUUAUGUUAUGAUUUACGCAUUUUGCCGCAUUUUCAAACUGUAAAAAAAAAAUCGCAUUCCGCCAUUUUUACACUGCCGCGCUGGUUGAUAUUUAAACUUUAUGUCUUUAUGGUCACACGUUGUUUCUUUAGUCUGUGCUAAAUUAUAACGCUUGUUACUGUUUGUAAUAAUAUCUUUAUUGAGGGAUUUUGUAAAUUUUGCUGUCAAUUAUAUAACUUCAACCAA